AUGGCCCGCGCCGCAGUCUUCGCCGCUCUCCUCGCAACAUCCGCCUUUGCGGUAGCGACGCCCGUCAAGCGCGCGGCUGCGUACUUCAACCCGGCUGAUAACGGUGGCUCUAUGCUCGAUGUCGCGGCCGCGCCUCUCGGAGAGCCGCUCAAUGUCAUUGUGUCGGGUCUGAGUUCUGCGGCUGUGCUCACCACCGAUGGGUUGACGAACUACGCGAAGGCAAUCGGCUUCUCGACGGAGUGCCUCGGGAUCCACCUGGGCGACCCUCAGACCGCCGAUCUUGGCGACGGCCAGGGCCAAGUCGACCAGUUGCUCGAGCUCCGUCAGGACUACGGAGAUGCUACUCUGGGCACCUGCCUCGAGUCUGCCAUUGGCGGCAACCACUUCCGCGCAUGGAAGCAGAGCGGAUCGCUCGCGGACUCCGGCGCAAUGUUCCUCGCCGUCUCCAAGGAGGAGCCCGCCACGGAGAACCACGAUAUCGUGCCCGAUGGUUAUGAUAUUGGUCGCGACCAGCUUGUUUCUGGCGCCGUCGGCACCAAGAGCUUUGGUGGCGUCACCUACUCGACUACUGCUCAGAACAUCACCGGCUUGUUGCCCGUGGGCUCGACCGGUAUCAACCACGGCAUCGCCAUCGACGGUAUCGUGACGCUGCUCACCGUCACCAUUCAGUGA